CACCUCUGAGCAAACAUAUGUGUUCAACUGAAACACAGAUAUAAGAACCGCGACGGGGCUUCUGGUGACUUGUGUUUACUUGACGGUACAAUUGUGUGAAAAUCUCAGUCACUUGGGCAGUUUUGUGACAGACUUGUUGACAACACAAUGUGGGGGAUCCAGCGGAGUCGAUAUGGAGACUGCAACGGCUCUGAAGCCAGCGAAGAGACCGAGAUUGUUGUGAACAUCGGCGGCGUGAAACAGGUGUUAUUCGGGGACGUGUUGAAUCGCUACCCGGACACUCGGCUGGCAGAACUGGUCGACUGCUCACUGAAGUCGUCCGAAGAGAUUUCCUCACUAUGUGACGACUACGAUCCUGACACGGGAGAAUUUUACUUUGACAGAGACCCCGAAGCAUUUAAGUGUAUAACUGAGCUGUAUUUGUAUGGAGAGAUCCACAUGAAGCGAGGCAUCUGUCCAAUUUGUUUCAUGAAGGAGAUGGAGUUCUGGAAGAUCGACUCGGAUUUCCUGGACGACUGUUGUAAAUGCCACCUGAAGGAGGUAGAGGAUGAACUCGCAGAGAUCGCAGAGAAAGUGAAAACGAUCCUAGUGGACCGAGACGGAGAUCCGUCUGCAGCAGGCUGGCAACGCUUCCAGAUGUGCCUCUGGAGGCUGAUGGAGAAACCGGAGUCAUCGCUGCCUGCGCGCACGAUCGCCAUCGUUUCUUUCAUUUUCAUCCUCGUCUCCUCCGUGGUGAUGUGUAUCGGGACCCUCCCCGACCUGCAGGUGGAGGACUCGGAGGGUAACCUCACGGAGAACCCAACUCUGGAGGUCAUCGAGACGGUGUGCAUCGGCUGGUUCACUAUUGAAUACAUCCUGCGUUUGAUCUCCUCCCCAAAUAAAAUAAAAUUCGUCCUAGCUUUUAUGAACAUCGUCGACUUCAUGGCGAUUAUGCCCUUCUUCGUUGUGCUCAUGCUGAGCUCCUUCGGCACAGGAGUGAUGGAGCUGGCUAACGUGCAGCAGGCGGUGCAGGCUUUACGCAUAAUGCGCAUUGCGCGCAUUUUCAAGCUGGCUCGCCAUUCCGCUGGACUCCAGACCCUCACAUCUGCCCUGAAGAGCAGCUUUAAAGAGCUCGGACUGCUCCUCAUGUACAUGGGCGUGGGGGUCUUCCUUUUCUCCGCAUUGGGCUACACCAUGGAGCAGAACCACCCGGAAACCCUGUUCACCAGCAUCCCGCAGUCGUUCUGGUGGGCUGUGAUCACCAUGACCACGGUGGGCUAUGGAGACGUCUACCCCAAGACCACUCUAGGUCGAUGUAACGCGGCCCUAAGCUUUCUGUGCGGGGUGAUUGCCAUAGCGCUGCCUAUACACCCCAUCAUCAACAAUUUCGUCUUGUUCUACAACAAGCAACAGGUGCUGGAGACCGCUGCCCAGCAUGAGAUUGAACUGAUGGCACUGCGCUCCGGGGAGCAGGAGGCUGCGCCCGGCGCGCAGACACACGCGUGCAUCGCAGGUGUCUGGGACAGCGCCAUGCACUCCUGUCACAGCGACACCCACAGCCCCUUACUGAAAGAUCCCAGAAGAGGAGCCGGGAUUCAGGCCCCCAGCAUGGACACAAGCUUUGAAAGCACAGCCGAGGUCACUGACUAUUUCAUCUCUUAAACACCGAAGACUCAUUUGAAAAGAUUGCGCUACAAAACAAAAUUAUCAUUAAUUGCGGUCUUCGUUCAACUUAAACCCGCACACUUCAUGGUUAAUGAUAUACAACAAUGACUGGGAACGUUAUUGUAAAUAGCUAUAAUGCCCUCCGAGGACAGUUGAUGCAUUUGAAGAAUCGCGCCCAUGUGUGAGAUAUUGACUUGAAGAGCUGUGUCUUUGCGCAGUUACUCUCUCUAGCUCAGGGCUUCUGUUUGAACAGCCAGGCUUCUUAUACAACAACCCCCAUCCUAAAUGCUCACACUGCACUGUAACGUAUUCCCCUAUUCGUAUAAUAUAUACAGAAAAAAAGAAGAAAGAUUGGCAGCUCCUCCAGAAGUAAAGAGAAGAAAUAUAUGUCAUCGUGUGAUAGUUUUAUGAAGGAUGUGCAGGAUAACAAAAUAAAAAGGAAAACACUUGAGUGAUAGAGACUUAUAAUGCUAUAAAUUACAAUAAGAAACAUACAAAGUACACCAGAGACAAGGGCAGGGAUUAUAAAAGUAACAUAUCAUCAAGGCAGUUUAUUUAUGUUUCUGCUGGUGAUCUUCUGUAACCGCUGUGGUUGUGAAGAAAUAUAUUAGAUAUAAAACCCCAUCUGUGCAUAAAUGGUGAAAGCAAUGAAUGUGUCAGUGGGCUUCAGCUCCAGAUAGCACCACGCAAUUACACACCGGGAGCUCAGAAGCUUCCUGCUGCAGAACUUGGUCUAUAUGGGUUUACAUGUUGCAGCAGCCAUUGGAAUAACUUCACGACCAGGUCAUGGGUGAGGGGAAGGAAUAACAGGCUGAGGGUUAAACAAAAAUAAUCCCAAUGGUUACAAUAUUAAACUUCAAAGUCGUUUUUUCAAAGUGCAGGUUAAAGCUAACUUGAAAGUCUGAGUGGAAAACAAAGAUUUUCUGAUGAAAAUAUAAAUAAAAGUAUCAAUGAUGGCAACAGCUUUUUAUUAAUUCGUCAAAACAGCAUCAUCCGAGCAGCAGGUCUUCAACAUGAAAAGAGAGAAAGUAUCAACAAGAGUAUUAUUAAGAUUUUAAAUGAAUGUCAUGUCUCAUAUGCCAGUGGUUUAGUUGCGAGCUGCAGGGCUGAUUGAUGUCAAGAUUGUGUUUUUGUGCACAAUCUUAUUUUGUGAAAUUUUCAUGAAAGACGCUUAACAUCCUCAAUGGAGCAUAUGCAGGAGAUGAAGCUGAGGAAGCAGAUAGCAGCAGGUAGUCUGGAAGUGGAAUGAUGCAGAAGAAGAGGCUUUGGUUGGUUAUAGCUGAAUAUGUUCCCCCUCAACUCUGAAAUGUAUCUACAUAUUUAUAACAAAAGUCUGCGUUUGAGACUCUUUUUGUUCCAAACCGUUGUUUUUUAUAGAUCUGGUAUUCUUCUACAGCCCAGAUAAAACUCACCUACUGCAGCAGCAUCGUGUCCCAAACAGGUUGAUUGUAAUAAGAUGGAUGUUGUUUGACACUAUUCAUUUUAUAAAAGUGGAUAUUGUUAUAAUCAUAAUAGAUUUUUUGGUUUCUGUUUUUUGGUUCAUUUGGCAAUAUGCAUUAGUGCUGCUACCGCUUUGAGUAGUGGAAGAUGGACAUCCACCAUUCAUCAUGACUUGUUUAUCACUGUUUGUGAUUCACUGCUGUAGAGUAAAAGUUGUUAAACCUUAA